AUGCAUACCGAAAGGGUUAAGGCUGAGCCUUUCCCAGAGGUAACGGUGAGUGAGGCCGACCGAGGAGAGGUCAAGGCCUUGCAUAAUGAUAUGAUGGUAUUUGUUCUGAAGAUAGCCAAUUUGAAGAUUAAGAGGAUACUGAUUGAUACGGGUAGCUCGUCCGAUAUCAUCAGCCUCUCCUGUUUGAAAAUUUUCAAAUUCCCAGAAGAUGAUCUGAAGGAUGUUUCUCACCCGUUGGUUUGGUUUGGAGGGACAGUUAUUCACCGGGCCGGACAAAUUGACUUGCCGGUCUGGCUAGGGAAGAAAAGGGUAGGAAGGGACAUGGUGGUCCGCUUCCUAGUGGUCAAAGAGCUAACACGCUACAACGUCAUACUCGGCCGACCCACCUUGACCGCAACCAAGGCAGUUAUUGUGCCACACCUUAUGCUGAUGAAGUUUGAAAGAUUGGACGGGCAGAUUGGCUCGAUCUAG